CUGUUGUUUGGUAACAAUAGCACCUCUGCUGCUGCUGGCCUGGCUUUCAGCCGCCACGUGCAGUGCCCGAGAUGGGACAGAGCUGCUCAACGUCUGCAUGGACACCAAACACCACAAGGCCAAGCCAGGCCCUGAGGACAAGCUGCAUGACCAGUGCAGUCCCUGGAGGAAGAACGCCUGCUGCUCCCCCAGCACCAGCCAGGAGCUGCACAAGGACUCCUCCCUCCUGUACAACUUUAACUGGGACCACUGUGGCAAGAUGGAGCCCGCCUGCAAGCGCCACUUCAUCCAGGACACCUGCCUGUAUGAGUGCUCCCCCAACCUGGGGCCCUGGAUCCAGCAGGUGAACCAGAGCUGGCGCAAAGAACGCUUCCUGAACGUGCCCCUGUGCAGAGAGGACUGUGAGAGCUGGUGGGAAGACUGCCGCACCUCCUACACCUGCAAGACCGACUGGCACAAGGGCUGGAACUGGACCUCAGGAUCUAACAAGUAUCCAGCUGAGGCUGUCUGCCGCACUUUCGAGUUCUACUUCCCCACACCUGUAGCCCUGUGUGAGGGCAUCUGGAGUCACUCCUACAAAGUCAACAAGUACAGUCGAGGGAGUGGGCGCUGCAUCCAGAUGUGGUUUGACCCAGCGCAGGGCAAUCCCAAUGAGGAGGUAGCGAGGUUCUAUGCCAUGACCAUGAAUUCUAGGGCCCAGACCCAUGGGAUUGGGCCUCUCCUGCUCAGCCUGACCCUGAUGCUCCAACUCUGUCUCCUUGGCUAAGUUGCUCCCACUACUGAUACCCAGACAUUUUCCUUGCCUGCACCCAACCUGGGUGACAUCAGCUCAGCCCAGUUCAUCCAGCUCUCUCAAUCAGGAGCCUCACAAUGCCCUGGUCAUUCAUUCCUUAUCCAGGAUGGGUACUAUGAGGUUUCUGUGACAGCCUAUUCAAAUAGAGAGAUCCACUUGUGUCUUGUGUGUUGUAAAUAACUUGAGGAUGAAUAAGUUGUGGGGUGGAACAUGCCUCAUUGAUUCAUCAUUCCUGUUGAGGGGACCCAAGAAAGGCUGGGACCAUCUUGAAAUUCACCAGCAAGUAGGGAAUGUAACUUGAUCCCUCUGGGAUCUGGGCUCUUAGCUCUUCGCCAGGCUUCCCUUAUGCUAAGUUCGUCUUCUUGGCAUCACAAAGGAACGAGGGGAUUGGUGGAGGGAAAGUGGGCAGAAAUUGGCAGAUAAGUUAUUGGGUUUCUGAUGUGAAAAAUGUUUCUUUCCUUAUCCUUCUCUUACUAGAUGUGGCCUGGGAUGGAAAUAUUGGUGGAAGGGUCUCAAUAAUGAACACCUGCAUUAUUUCCUUUUUAAAAGAUGACCAAUUAAUGCUACAGUGGAUAAUUUUGUCCAUAGUACUUUGUUAUGCUUGAAUUCCAGAAGAGGGAUUGCUGGGACAAGGAGUAUAUGGAUUUCUAAUUUUGAUAGUUACAGCUUUACAGGGGUAGCGUCGCUGUGGUCCCGACCAGCAAUGCAUGAGUGCCUGGUUCCUUGCAUCCUUGUCAACACGCUGUGACGUCAGACUUCUGAUUUUCUGCCAAGCUGAUGGGCACUGUUUUCUUUUGCCAUGUGCCUUAUUGAUACAGGGUGCAGCGGGGGGGGGGGGGGGCAAAAAAAGAUUUGGAAUGGUGUCCAGAAUUCAAAGUGUAUAGGAAUAUUAGAGAGACAUGUAAGAUGUCCUCACACCUCCCCCCAGGGGGAAGUAACAAAUGGAGCCAGGCCAUUGAGAGCUGUUUUGCAUAGCAAUAGUUUUGCAGCUAACCUCUGGAAUGGCUAUUUGACAUAUCUAUAACCUUUAACUGGUUUCAUAGAUAUGUUAAAUAGCAGUGGCCAAGUUUGGAGCCAGGGAGAAGGUAGUGGCUGAGACUCAGGAUGGAACUAGGGGCUGCGCUCCUGAGUGAGGGUGCUUGUGUGAGAGCUUGGAAAAAGAUGGGCUCCAGGACAUGAGGGGAUAACUGCCCAGGUGAAAGGGAAAACCACGCAGCUUUGCCAGAAUGGAGAUCCCUGCAGCCAGGUGAAGAAGAAAGCCACAUGCUUUUGGUGGAGUGCAGACUCCUGCAGCUUUGGUAGAAGAGGCCCACGCAGCUUUGGGGUGCCCCCUUUGGCCGCGGGGCCUGAAAAGCAAGAGAGACUUUGACUGGAACUGGGUACAAAGGACUCUUGCCAGUGGACCAUGAGAGGGUACCACAGUACUUUGGAUUAACUAGAGAUCCUGCCUGCACGGUGACACAGCUGACGGUGCCAGUGGCCUGCAACACAGACGUGUGCUCUUUUUCUGAUUUACGGUACCUGGAAUGGGACAGUGGGAGAAGGGAGAGCUGUGGGGGUGUAGGUGUAUACCCGAAAGGACUGCUAUUUAAGUGGUGGCAUUAGGCCUGAAUAGCAUUAAAUAACAUUUUGUUUCCUUUUCACAAAUCUCUGGCAUUGAGAGAUGUCUUUCCAAUUGGUGGCAGACAGAAGAGCCCAGUAGAUAUUAGUAUUCUGUCCUUGGAAGGGGCCCCUGUUGUUCUGUAGCAGUUUUCGGCAUCCCUAGGUGGGCCAAAUAUUGUAUUGCCCCUCCCUCGGACCUCUUGUUCGGUAACAUUUUCACGAGAACACAGUUUCUGAGAUAUUUCUGUAUCAGUCUGUUGAGAUCUAGUUCAUGCUUUUUCACUGCUGUACAAUAUUUUCUAUGUACAUGUCACCUUCAGUUCAGUCACCGACUGAUGAAUAUUUAAGAGGAGGUUCUUUCAUGACCUUGACAUUCUUGAAAAGCACAGGCCAGUUAUUUUGUAGAAUAUGCCUCAUUUAGAGUUUAUCUGUUUCCUCAUCCCUAGACCAAAGCCGUGAGUUUCCGACACAAAUACCCCAGAAGUAACACCCUGUCGUUCUUGCUGCGUCACAGUUGGAGGCGCAUGGUGUCAGGCUGGCCACUGAUGGUGGCAACCGGUCCAGGGUUUUUUACUACAUUUUCCCCUUUAUAAUUAAUAUGUAUAUAUGGUAGGGAGAUACUUUGAGAACUGUAGAUAUCCUAUUUGUCAGCAAACUUGAACUCCUCACUUUUACUGACAUAUUUUUUAAAAAGUAGAAAGAAACACCAAAAAUGUCUUCUUAGAUGGCAGCUCCUUACCAACCCUGGAAUGCUUUUCAAUGUGUCUGUUGGAAAAGCCAAACUUCUUCAAUGGCAUAGAAGGCCUUGCCCAUCCCCCCUACUUGGUUACAUGUCAAAUGAUUGCCCCUCCAUUGUCCCACACGUGAGCUCCAUUCACAUUUUCACUCUGGGGCCUUUACUCCACCAGUUCCCUCCCUGUGCUCCUGCAAUGUUCUUUUAUCGUCGGCAUGUUCUUUCCUGGUAGCCACUUAGAUUUCAAAUUAAAAUUUCCCCCUAAAAUGACUUCUGACCCUCUAAACAAAAGCAGUCUUCCAGGCAUUUUUUUGUUUGUUUGUUUGUUUCUUUUCUUUUUUAAUCCUGGGGGGGAAGA